AUGAUAAGCGUUUUAGUGAUAACGCAGCUUGCACUGGGAGAAAGUCAGCAACUUUUACAAGAGCCAAUCGCGGCGAAGGAACAACUGGAGUAUUUUCUCACGUACAUCUGUAAAUUUUUCCUCGCCAUGACAUUGCCUUUUGAUACCUCGAUGGAAUUACGAAAUGAUCAAACGGAGUACUGCAAGAAGAAUUAUUUCGGAUCGAAAGACCCACAAUUACCACCGCCUUCGAAAAUAGAGGAUUGGUGUCAAUCAAAAGGUGAAGUCAAUUUUAUGAUAAACCCGUUAGACAAGUGGCAAUUAGUUAUAUUAGUACCGGAUGAUGAAUAUUUAUUGAUAAACCACAAAUUUUUAAAUGCAAGCGAAACCAUUGGUAAAUUAGAAACUACGUCAGAAAAUAAAUCUACAAUUUGGACAACCGUACUAAACGAUGAUGGAACGUCGUCUCUAUGGCUUCGAGGCCCGGAAGUACCACCCUGGAGCGCGCAAGUGGAAAAAGUGAUGUGCAAAGAUGAUGUUAUUACAGUAAAAAUUGAGGAGCCAACGUUUCACUACAUACCUGGCAGUCGUUCAGUAGAUGUUACUUUUAAAUGGAGUUUUUCUAAGGUGCCCACACUUGUUUCUACGAUAGAAGUGACAAACGACUGCUAUAUAGACAACUUCAUAAAUGGAAAUUACACCAAGAAGACAAUUGGGACAACCCUUCAUACAACAACAAUUACCAACAUGGUAAUGGAUACAGAAUGCACAUUCACUAUAAAAAUUAAUGACAAUAAAUUCGUUCAUAGCUACAAUACACCAUCGUGUUAUGAUUUUACAGCUGAAGGUUGUCGUCCAGAUCCUGAACAACCAAAAGGCUUAAAGUUGGAAGCCAUAGAAGCAAAUGACGGUCUAGGCUGGGACGUAGAAGUGAGUUGCCGCGACGACGCCCUAACGUCCGCAUCGACGCCCGAACGGCCGCAUCGACGCCCGAACAGCCGCAUCGACGCUCGAACGGCCGCAUCGUCGCCCGAUCGGCCGUAUCGACACUCUAACGGCCGUAUCGAAACACGAACGGCCGUAUCGACGCCCAAAUGGCCUCAUCGACACCCGAACGGCCGCAUCAACGCUCGAACGACCGCUUCGACGCCCGAGCGACCGUAUCGAUCAUGUUCGAACGGCCGCAUCGACGGCGAAUCGUUUCAAUGCGACAAUUUGUAUAUGAAGGAUCCGCUGCAAAAGAUACCAAAAGGCGGCAUUUUGGAUUGCGGAGCGGAACCAGGUCUGGAAGACGGGUGGGAGAUUCGUACUGAACGAUUACUGCUCCACGAAGUCAUCGGGGAGGGGGCCUUUGGUGUCGUCAGGAGAGGCACUUUGGCCCCGGUGGGGAAGGAGGUUGCUGUCAAGAUGUUAAAGGAUUUCCCAACACCAGAAGAAAUUCGUUCAUUUCGCGCCGAGAUGGAGCUGAUGAAAAGUGUGGGUGCCCACCCGCAUAUCGUGAGCCUAGUAGGCUGCUGCAGCGUUCGGCGGAACCCGCUUAUCGUUGCAGAGUAUUGUAGUAGGGGGGAUUUACUUAGUUAUUUAAGAUGCUGUUGGGAUGUAAUGGUGUCCAAACGCAGCGCAAAAUACUACAAUAACAAUCUAGAAACUUCAGAUUACAGGAACGACUUGUUCAAAAAGCCACAGAAAGAAAAUUCAAAGCUGGUUGUAAACAAACUAUAUGAUUUACAAGAUAUAUGUAAUGCAGAACUGACGUCCUUGGAUCUACUAUCGUUUUGUAGGCAAAUUGCUAUGGGCAUGGAGUUCUUGGCAUCCAAUAGAGUCGUCCAUAGAGAUUUGGCAGCUAGAAAUGUGCUAGUAACAGGUGAUAGGAUGCUGAAGAUAGCUGAUUUUGGGCUGUCGAGAGACGUGUAUCAGGAGAAUCAAUACAAACAAAAGGGGAACGGAAAGAUGCCUGUCAAGUGGAUGGCGUUAGAGUCUUUAACGCAUAAGAUUUAUACUACUCAAAGUGAUGUGUGGUCCUUCGGCGUAGUAAUAUGGGAGGUGGUGACAGUGGGUGGGGCCCCGUACCCUGAAGUGUCAGCUGCCCGCCUGCCGCGAUUGCUGCGAGCCGGAUACCGCAUGCCGAGACCUAACAAUUGCAGUAAACAACUAUACGACAUAAUGAUGUCGUGCUGGCGCUCGCGCCCUCGCGACCGGCCUACGUUCUCCGAGCUUCAUCGGAAACUCGAUGAGUUGUUGAACAGCGCCUGCGCCGACGAAUACCUCUCGCUCGAGUUGGACGGAGACGAAACGCCGCCGACGCCGAAGGCUCAGAGAUAUUUGAAGGUGAUGUUAAGCAAAGGAAACCGCGUCUGGGCGCGCGGCGAGAGCUACGAGCGGCCCCUUAAAGCACCACAAAGCAAUCACUACACGUCCCCGCCUGCUGUUGCGCCCUUAGCUAGACCACAGCCUGUAUGACGGCCAGCUGCUGUCUUCUAGUUCCAUUGUCCUAUCUUCAAGGUGCUGUACCAUUUCUUACUGUCUUUGCAUUUGUAUCCCAAAAUGAACAGUAAGAAAUGUGAAAUCAUGAUGAUACUUAUCCUUACCUAAGAAACGCUGACAAAUUCCUACAAACCCUCGUCUAAAUAUAGAAUAGACUGUAUGUUGCAAAAAGCUAUUACCAAUGGUCAAUCUGGAAAAAUAUGAGGAUUUCAAAGCGUUAGAGAGAUAUCGCUUACAGAGCUGACUAACAGUUCAGAAUUUGUAAUAAUUGCACUAAGAAUGGAAGUCGUCUAAGCACAUUAGAUUCGGUCUUUGUGGUAUCAUCUGUAAUUUACGAAGAUAUAAGAAAUAUCUAUGAACGUUCCUAUGAUCUCUAUCACGUGAUGUAGCUUGUAACGUGUCUAGAAGUUUUUUUUAAUAACAAGUAACGGGACAAACAAAUCGUGUACCUGGUGGUGGUAAGCGAUACGCCUGUUGCAUAACACUUUCAGUGCCAUUCAGAGAUUUAAAUCACAAAAAUCUGUGGGGAACGCCGUUGCACCCGUCAAUCUGACACAUAAGUUCAGCAGUCCCAUAUGCGUGUAAUUUCACCGGUACCCUUCAAAACGGAUUACCGAAAUGGGUAAGGUGGUACUCCCCUGGACGAACUUUUUCAAUAAGGAACUCCACAGUACUGUCCCCCGUACAACUUACGAGUGCAUUUUGCUAUAUGUUAUUUUGUAAAUGUGUUAUCGCUUUUCUAUUGCCUUAUUAACCAUGUAGCGAGACUUCUGAGAUGCAUACUUGUAUUUCGAUGCCUUACUUUCUGUGACUCGAAUCUUAUAAAGAGUAACUAUUCUGGAGAUGGCAAAACUUUAUAAUUAUUUAUUGUACAUUUCCUAUCCAGGGUGUUCAUUUGGAUGCA